AUGAGAACCCGCUUCAAGAGUCCGUCAGGCACGGGAAUACUGGAACUCGACGACGAUGCCACCGUUGAAGCCCUGUUAGAUGAGAUCAAGGCCAGGACAGGGAUCCGCCGCUUCAUUGUCAAGUAUGGUCCUCCGAUGGCGAUGAAAACGCUUGGCCCCAGCUACGCUCAUGAGGCUGCGAGAUCCUUCGGGCUUCAUGGAGAGACUCUGACAGUUGUACCGGACGAGUCGAAUGACACGCCUCCGGAGAGCACUACCGGAGCCCGCGACUUGCCGAGGGACAAGGUUGGGAAUCGGCCUUCCGCGCAGAACGACUCCGCCGAUGACAUGGUUGUGCCGUGGCCAGAGAGAGAGGGGACUCUCGACAACAGCUGCCUCUUCACUGCGUUCGGUGGAGCGCUUCCGCAACAGCUUCCCGCUCACCAUUUACGGCGCAUGAUGGCAGACUAUAUCAACGAGCAUCUGGACGUUUACUCGGAAGCCGUCUUGGGUUGCGACCCAGCCGAGUAUUGUCGGAGCAUCCAGGAUCCAGAUCGCUGGGGUGGUGGCAUCGAGCUCAGUAUCCUGUCAUCAAUCUUUGACAUCCAGAUAUGCACGUACGACGUACAGACGCAAAAUCUGAUGAAGUUUGGCGAGGACAAGCUGCAACGAUGCAUCCUCGUUUACUCGGGCAUACACUAUGAUCGUGUGGCCUUUUCCUACUCCGACGCCCCCCAUCUUGCCGCCUUGUUGCCGCCGGAAGUGGACCGAACACUUUGGCCCGUCGAGGACGAUGAAGUUCUGCAGAGGACGCAGCAACUUGUGCAAAGGCUCAACUCCGCCCACUACUAUACCGACACCGAAGGCCUCAUUCUCAAAUGUGACGUUCCAGGUUGCGGCUGGAUUGGAUCGGGCCAACACGAAGGGAGAAAGCAUGCCGAGCUGACUGGGCACGUUCAACUGACCGAGAUUGCCGACACAGAGGGAGACGCUGUGCUCCGCAAGUGCAAUGCUCAAAGCUGCGACUUCAUCGGGCAAGGCGACGGUGCAGUGAAACGACACCUCGACGAUACUGGGCAUACACAAUUCUCUGUCAUCCCAGACGUCUGA